CGCACUUGCCCUGCGACUCUCUUUAAAGUUCACAGAGGCGUCGCCUUCAAUGGCUGCUGCGGUAUUACUCAAGGCAUAGCUCUAGGUAGCUCUUGGCUGCUCGCUAAUACCGUCGUGUUUCAAUACGACUGGCGAGUUGCACAGCCCUUAUGCCGUACUUUAUGAGACACAUCAUGGCGCAUGGUACAGUCGGGUCCUGAUGGACCACAACCUUCCCAGCCUAAUUCGACCAAUUGGGUACUCAUGAACACCGCGUUGACAAUUCGUGGCUGCCGCCGGAUGCUGCAGCUACUUAGCUCUAUCAACGGAGACUUGAGUGAUCGCGAGCUGGUUUCCCCCCUCCACUCGUCCUUCUCAUCAUCAUGUCCGAAGCCGAUUCAGUCAGAAUCCUUAUACUAGACAACCGCAUCUCUAUCGCUGCCACAGCGCUGUACUGCUACGACAAGAUUCUCACCGCGGAACAAGAAGUGAACCUCAUAUGGCGUCGCAAGAAUUCUGGGAUCGUCAUACCCGCGAUCUAUGCAACAAUGCACAUUUGUACGGCACUGUACCUCAUCAUCACUGUCUUCGUUCCCAGUAACAUUCCCUGUGAGGGCGUGUUCAUUUUGAAUGUCGUCGUUGACAUCGCUAUAUGUGCUCUGUAUCUCGCGUGGGGUGUUGCUUCCGCCUUGCGUGUCUAUGCAAUCGGUGGCCUGGACCUUGUCCUCCCAUCUGUCAUCAUGUUCUUUUCGCUCGUGCCUGUGGCUGCGAACAUAUAUAAUGCGACAAGUCUGGUCCAAAUGAGCCUUCCUCCGACCAACUCGUGUGUGUACUUCUCGAAUACGCCUGUAUACGCCCAAGCGAUCGAGAUCGUCACGCGGGCGUGUUCGACAUUCGCGGAUGCUCUCGUUCUCAUUGCGACUUGGCGAAUCAAUGGAGGGAUCAAGAAGCUCGCCCGACAGAUGAAUGUCAACGUUUCACUCACGAGCCUUCUGCUGAGAGAUGGAACGAUUUACUUCUGUACGCUCCUAGUAGCGAACGUCGUCGUUCUGACAUCAUACAUUCAAAAUGUAUCCUUCAGCGACGAUUCUGAGGUCGCCGUGCUAGUCCUCGUGUUGACCACGAUCCUCCUCUCGCGGCUCUUUCUCAACUUGCGCGAGGCGGCGCUUGGCUCCGAGACCGCCUCUCUAUCGCAGGAUACACGGAUGUCUGACGCACGGUUCUCGCGGGUUCUCGGUCCCCUAGGGAACUCGUUGGACGACGGGCUUACGUUUUUUGCUGAGUCGGACACGGACGUCCUCGACUCGGUACACGACGAAGAUGGCCGCGAUUUUGGAGAUAGCUCUGUCGAGCACAUCCUUCGCAGUGCAAGCUCGGACACCGACCACCGCGUGGGUGGGGUCGUAUCAGCGAAUGACCGUACAGAGCGUUCCCAUGAAGCUUAGCCCUCUGUCGCUGUUCCGGUCAGGUUCUGGCUUUUCUCCGAUAGCUGUCCGCGCGAGCUAUGAUGAUGACCUAUAAUUCACUAUUUAUCCCACUA